CUCCAGCCCCAGACAUGUCCUGCUACACCCCGUGCCUGCCCUGCCAGCCCUGCGGCCCGACCCCGCUGGCCAACAGCUGCAAUGAGCCCUGUGUCAGGCAGUGCCAGGACUCCAAUGUCUUCAUCCAGCCCUCCCCUGUGGUGGUGACCCUGCCCGGGCCCAUCCUCAGCUCCUUCCCACAGAACACCGCCGUGGGAUCCUCCACCUCCGCUGCCGUUGGCAGCAUCCUCAGCUCUCAGGGAGUGCCCAUCAACUCCGGGGGCUUUGGCCUCUCUGGCCUGGGCAGUGGCCUCUGUGGCAGGAGCUGCCUCCCCUGCUAAAGCUGCUGCCCAUGGCCCUGGCAAGGAACCCAGGGACACACAGGAUGGUACAAGCCCAGGGAUAGAGCAUCAGUGCUCUCUUCACUGGGAUCUCCGCUCAGAGUGACUUCUUUCUAAUCUUUGGACUCAUUAAAGUUCUCCUGCAUCCCAGCCCACGCCUCUGUGUCAUCCUUUCCCCUGCAGAUCCUCAUCCAACAUGGCCAGGGAGAGAGGUGUUGCUGUGCGGUUCUGGGAGAGGGUUGUUAGGGAUGGUAUUGCCACGGUUGUCAGCAUAGCAUUGAUUAUGUUAACACAGCAUUGAUUAGUCAUAUUUGGGGUCACCUUUCUAAAUUU